AUGAACAAAUCGCCAACGUCUUCCAUACUUAGGACUCCCUCUGACAGCAAGGAGAAGCCCAUGGCGCUGGUGGACUUCCUCGAGAAGGGUGAGGGGGAACUUAUUCUGAACGAGGGCUCGCCUUUUGGAGAGGCUGGUUUUGUUGAUGAUCGUGAAAACGAGCUUAAGAAAGGUUUGAAAAACAGGCAUGUCCAGUUGAUCGCCUUGGGUGGUGCCAUUGGUACUGGGUUGUUUUUGGGCUCAGGCCAGGUUUUGUACACCACGGGCCCUGGUCCCUUGUGGAUUUCGUACAUCGUCAUGUCGGCUGUGGUGUGGUUUGUCAUGAACAUGUUGGCUGAAAUGGCGGCAUUCUUGCCCGUGCCAGGUGCUGGUUCUCAGCAGUUUAUCAACGAUUUCACCGAUCCUUCCAUCGGUUUUGCCCUUGGUUACAACUACUGGUACGGUUUUUCCAUUUUGGUUGCAACCGAAACCGUCGCUGCUGCCAUGUUGAUCCAAUACUGGACCACCGACGUCCACAUUGCCAUCUGGAUUUCCAUUUUGCUUGCUAUGAUGCUUCUUUUGAACGUGUUGCCAGUGCAGUUUUUCGGAGAGGCCGAGUUCUUCUUUGCCAGUAUCAAGAUUUUUGCAAUCACGGGCUUGAUCAUUGUGGGUAUCGUCUUGUUCUUUGGAGGUGGACCCACCAACGACAUGCUUGGAUUCCGUCACUGGGCUGAUGGAAAUGCUUUUCAUGAGCACUUGGUCGGCGGAAGCACCGGCCGUUUCUUGGCUACCUGGACCGCUAUCGUCAGAGCCGGUUACUCCUUCAUCAUGAGUCCUGAGUUGAUUGUGGCCUGUUCUGGUGAAGUAGUCAGACCUCGUCGUAUUAUCCCAAGAUGUGCCAACCAGUUUAUCUACCGUUUGGCCUUCUUCUAUAUCAUCGGUUCCUUGGUGAUUGGUAUCAUUGCCGAUUCCAGAAGUGAGAGACUCAUGGGAGAAAGCGGAGAUGCCUCUGCCUCGCCCUUCGUGGUGGGUAUCCAAAAUGCCGGUAUUCCAGUCUUGAACCACAUCAUCAACGCCGUGAUCUUGACUUCUGCCGCCUCUGCCGGAAACUCCUUCUUCUAUGCGGGCUCUAGAACCCUCUACUCGCUUGCCAAGAAGGGUUUGGCUCCCAAGAUUUUCGCCAGAGUCAACAGAUUCGGUGUGCCCAUCAACUGUGUUCUUGUUGUUUUCGCCGUGGGCUGUUUGGCAUACUUGAACGUCUCCAGUUCGUCCUCUGAGGUGUUUGCCUGGUUUUCCAACAUCUCCACCAUUUCAGGUUACAUUUCCUGGACCACCGCUGCAUUUGCCUACACCAGAUGGAGAAAGGCCAUCAAGGCGAGGGGUCUUGAGGGCAGAGUGCCAUACAAGACGCCAUUCCAGCCAUACGGAGCGUACUUUGUGAUGGGCUUUGUGAUCUUGAUCACCCUCACCAACGGAUACGCUGUGUUCUUCGACUUCAACGUUGCUGACUUCAUCGCCGCCUACAUCACCUUUCCCAUUGUUCUUGGCCUCUACGUCGGCCACAGAUUGUACUCUUACUUCUGGGUGGGCCGCAAGAGAUGGCUCAAUCCUUUGGACGAGUUUGACUUCACCAAGUUGGAGAUGGUGGAGGAUGAGGAGAGAAAUUACCACAAUCCUAUCCCCAGAAAUGUGUGGGAAAAGGUCCUUUUCAAGAUUUUCUAG